AUGGCUGGCAGUACGCGGGCUAUUCGCUCCCAGAUGGCUUCCAUUAUGCAGCUGUCCUCGGUGUCGCGCCGGUCGAUUUCGACAUCCCUUCGCGCUCCAAUCCAGGCUGCUAAGCCUACCUCCAUCUCGCGCAUCGCUCGCCGUGGCUACGCUGAUGCCGCUCCUACUCCUUCGCCUGCUCAGCCUCCCAAGAAGCGUUUCAGAGCCCUUCGCUGGGCCUGGCGUUUGACCUGGCUCUCCGCCAUUGGUCUGACCGGCGCUGUCGCAUACAGCAUCCUUGAACUCCGUCAACCCCCCGAGCAGUUCGCGCCUGACCCUGAGAAGAAGACUCUGGUCAUCCUCGGAACUGGCUGGGGAUCCGUCUCCCUCCUGAAGAAAAUUGAUACCGAGAACUACAACGUUGUCGUCGUUUCCCCCCGUAACUACUUCCUGUUCACUCCCCUGCUGCCCUCAUGUACCACUGGUUUGAUCGAGCAUCGCUCGAUCAUGGAGCCUAUCCGCAACAUCCUGCGCCACAAGAAGGCCAGUGUUAGGUUUUACGAAGCCGAAGCCACCAAGAUCGAUUACGAGAAGCGCGUUGUUUACAUCAGUGACGAUUCCGAGAUCAAGGGUGAUGUCGCUCACACUGAAGUUCCCUUUGACAUGCUCGUGAUCGGUGUUGGCGCCGAGAACGCUACUUUUGGUAUCCCCGGUGUUCGCGAGAACUCCUGCUUCCUCAAGGAAGUCGGUGACGCUCAGAACAUCCGCAAGCGUAUUAUGGACUGUAUCGAGACUGCCUGCUUCAAGGACCAGACCGAGGACGAGGUCAAGCGUCUGCUGCACAUGGUUGUGGUUGGCGGUGGCCCCACUGGUGUCGAGUUCGCCGGUGAGCUCCAGGAUUUCUUCAACGACGACCUCAAGAAGUGGAUCCCCGAGAUCAAGGACAACUUCCACGUUACUCUCGUCGAGGCUCUUCCCAAUGUUCUUCCUAUGUUCUCCAAGCAGUUGAUUGACUACACGGAAUCCACCUUCAAGGAGGAAUCAAUCACUAUCCGUGCCAAGACUAUGGUCAAGAAUGUUACCGACAAGUACAUCCAGGCCGAAGUUACUAAGCCCGAUGGCACCAAGGAGCUCGAGACUAUCCCCUACGGUCUGCUCGUCUGGGCUACCGGUAACGCUGUCCGCAACGUCGUCCGUGACCUCAUGAACCAACUCCCCGCCCAAGCCGAAUCCCGCCGUGGUCUUCUAGUCAACGAAUACCUCGUUGUGAACGGUACCGAGAACGUCUGGGCCGUUGGUGACUGCGCCAUUGCCAACUACGCUCCCACCGCCCAGGUCGCUGGUCAGGAGGGUGCUUUCCUGGGUCGUCUGUUCAACACCAUGGCCAAGAGCGAGGAGAUCGAGAAGGAGCUCCAGAAGCUCUCCGAGCGCCAGGCUCUUGCCAAGGGUGAUGAGGAGCGUAACCAGGUCCUUGCCGAGAUCCGUGAACGCCAGAAGCAGCUCCGCCGCAACAAGCAAAUCGGUCCCUUCCAGUACUCGCACCAGGGUAGCUUGGCCUACAUUGGUAAGGAGCGUGCUGUGGCCGACAUCAGCUGGCUGAGCGGCAACAUCGCCAGCGGUGGUACCAUGACCUACCUGUUCUGGCGCUCCGCCUACCUGAGCAUGUGCUUCAGCACUCGCAACCGUGUCCUUGUCUGCACCGACUGGGUCAAGGCUAAGCUCUUCGGUCGUGACGUGUCCCGCGAGUAA